AUGUCAAUGCGAAGGUCAAUGCGUAUGUCGCAGGGGUAUCUUCUUCGCACGAUUAUCCCACAGCAACUGAACAGUUACAAAGCUGUAUUAAAUUAUGUGAAUGGGAAUUCCUAUAUAAUCAAUGAUGUCUUAGACGAUAUGAAAAGUGGAAUUCCUCUGACUCUCUUCUUACAAACAGUGACUGGGAAAACUGUAAAACGGUUUAAUAUGAAACCAAAUGGACAAAUACAAGAGAAAAACAAUGUCAACGUCCUCACCGACUUUUUGAGGGAAAAUGGAUUUCUAAUGAUUACGUCAUCCAACUUCAUCGAAAAGAGUGACCAAGCUAUUCAAAAGUUUUUGGCGUGUCUUAUUAAGAAAUAUUGGUUCAAAGACUAUGAUGUCACCCCAUCUACUUUCGAUAAGUGGGCAACUCGUGUUGUUGGAAAAGAUGUCAAUAUGAGGGUGGACUACCCUAAUAUCAAUAUAUGGCGAGACAUUACUAACUAUUUUAAAACAAAUGCCGUCACCCCAGAUAUGUUCAAUAAGACUGAUGUGGAGAAUUUCGAAGUGUGUUUUGAGACUAUGGAGAGCGUUAUUGGCAUUCCACAUGUCAUCGAUGCAAAAGCAGUACAAGAGGGAAUGGCUAGCGACGACGCAUUAUCAAUUUUACUCAGCUUCAUUGUAAGAAAGGAUGAACGAAGAACAAAAGAUGAUGAAGUUGACUUCAUGGUGUUUGAUGUGACUAAAGUGGAGAGCGUUCCUAACACAAUUAAGAUUUCUACGUGCUCAACACCAGCAGCCACUCCUGUCAAAAAGUGGUCAAAUCGACCAAAAACAACGUGUUACACAGAACAACAACUCUUAACGUCGUCACUCUUUGGACCAGUACCUACUUCACCUUUAUCUGCAGAACACUCGCCAUUACCAGUUGGAGAGUCACAGCCAGUUUCUGUGGGUUCGCCAGAACUCGAUGAAUCGCCAACAAAACACCACAACAAAAGAAUAUCUCUAACCCAUUCUCAAUCGUUUUGUAACACAGCACAAGUGAAUGUGGCAGAACAGUUGAAAAAAUCACAAAAAGAAUGCGAAACCCUAGCCAGUGUUAUCACAAAGUUGAAGAAAGACGCGGAAGAAAAGGAAAAGCAAUACACCGACCAAAUCAGGUUUUUAGAGGGGAGACUUAACACCGUGCAGAGUCGUUGUGGAUUUGUUGUUAAAGACGAGAAGGUGAUCAACCAAAAACUUAAAGCGUAUAACACAAUACUUACUUCACAAAAUGAGACUUUAAGAGGCGACUACGAAGCCAAUCCGGAAACGAUUGAUCUUCGAAAUAAAGCAAAAGAACGCGAUAAAUUGGCCAGUGAAGUCGAAGAGAAGACUGCAGCAGUUGGGCAACUUGAAGGGAAAAUGAUGGCGAUAGUUGGGAAGAUGGGGAAAGUCAAAGAAAAGUUCCAGGAGCAACUCGACAUGGCGCUUAAAGAGAAGGACCAAAAUAUCGAGGAAAUGAAAAAACAAGACAAAGACCAGAAAAGUGAAAUGGUGAGACAGACGGGACUUUUGAAUGAACAAGUUGGGAAAUUAGAGAAAAGAAAACAGGAAAUGAUGUUCAUGUUGGAAAUGGUACAAAGUGUUCGAGACGAACUUGAAGUAAAGACAAAACAACUUGAAGAAGAAAUCAAAGAGAAGGAUUCUGUUAUUACAAAUAACAAAGAAAAAAUUGAUCAAAUGAAUAAAGUUGGAGAAGAACAAAAAUUGAAAAUUGUUGAAAUGGAAAAGGAAAUUGAAAUGGAGAAAAUAAAGAAGGAGGAAAGCAACAAAAAAAUAAAGGAAAUGGAAGAGAACGCAAUUAGGAAAGAAGAAGAAACAAAUAAAAUGAAAAGUAAUUAUGAAACGAGUAACAACGAACUUAAAGAGAAAUUAGAAGAAGAUGAGAAAGCAAAGAAAGAGAGAGACGAAAGAAUAAUUAAAAUAGAAGAAGAGAACAAAAAUAAGAAUGAUGAAAUUGAGAAGAUGACAAAUGAAUUGAACAGUGUCAAUCAAGAAAAGGAAAAACUUGGUGCAGAAUGUGAUUGUAUGAAAAAAACGAUGGCUGAACUUGAAGAGAACUUGAAGAAAGAACAACAACAAAACAGUGAUAACAACACAAGGAACAAAGAGAAAAUUGACAAAAUGCAACAACAAAUUGACAAUGAAAAAGCAAACAAUGAAACACUCAAAAAACAAAAUGCAGAACUUGAAGAAAUUGCAAAAUUGAACGAAAAUGAAAUCAAAGAACACAAAGAAAUGAUCAUCACACUCAACACCAAAAUAGCUGAAAAUGAGAAACAAAUUGAUGAAAACAACAAAAAUGCAAGUGAAGAGUCAAAACGUUUACAAUUGGUAAUAGAAGACCGAGUUGCUGAAAUAACAAAACUCCAAAAUGAAGUGAUUGCGUUGAAACAAGAAAAUGAAACAGUUGAACGUUCUCAACAAAAACUUCAAGACGAGUUGGAUGAGAAAUUAAGAAAUGUAACUCAACAACUUGGAGACACUAAAAAUCAAAAAAGAGAAAUUGAAGACAAAAAUCAAACACUCCAAUUUGAUUUGAUGAAAGAGAAAGAGAUUUCAAAACAACUCCAAAAUGACAAUGAGAAAGUCAAAGGUGAAAUUGACAAAUUACUAAAUGAGAAAACCAAAGUCGAAGAGCAAUUUAAGACAAUGAGUGAAGAAAACAAGAAGAUUGCAAAUGAAAUUGUUGCGACUAAACAUGAAGUUGAAAAGAAAGAAGAAAGUAUGAUGAACACAAUCAAAACAGAACAAGAGAAAACAAAGAAACUAAAUGAAGAGUUGGAAAAAUGUCAAAACGAGAAAGAACAAAUUGCUCAUCAACUCAUAACUACAGAAGAAGAGAAAGACAAAAUUGAAAAAGAAAUGGCUUUGCAGAAAGAAAAGACAACACAACAAGAGAUGGCACUAAAAACAAAAGAAGACGAAUUCAAAAUUGCGACUAAAAAGAUUGAAGAAAUUGAGAAAGAAAAGAAAGAAGCACAUGAGAUAAUUGAAAACAUCAAAAUGUUAAAAAAUAAUUUGGAAGAGAAAGUUAAAAUAUUACAAACUGAUCUCACUAAAAUUCAAGAUGAAAAAGAACAAAUUGAAAAUGAGAAGAAAACAUUGUCAGACGAGUUGGAAAAGACAAAAGAAGAAAAUGAAAACAUCACUCAAAAACUUCAAACAACAACAAAUGAGAAAGUGGAGUUGGAAAAAACAAUUGAAAAACAAAAUGAAACAACAAAACAACUACAAAAUGAACUGAAAAACAAAAAUGACAAUCUGGAGAAAGUGAAUCAACAACUCGAAGAGACAACAAAACAAAAGGAAGAUGCAGAAAAGAAAAUUAAUCAACAAGAAGAACAACUCAAUAAAACAAAACAAGAGAAAGAUGAAUUAGAAAACAAAUUGAAAGAAGAAAAAGAAAACUUUGAGUUAGCAACAAAACAACGCAAAGAAAUGACAUCACAGAAAGAAGAAGCUGAACAGAAAUUGGAAACAGUUAUUGCAACUCAAAAAGAGAAAGAAAAACAAAUGAAUCACGAAUUGGAAAAAGCAAAGAACGAGAAUGAUGAACUGAAAACCACGUUAAAUACACAGGAAGAGAAACUGAAAGAAGCAGAAAUAACACUAAAUGAAAUGAAAAGUAAUAUCAAAAACAUUGAAGAACAACUAACAAAAACAAAUGAUGAGAAAAUGAAAGUAGAAGGUGAAUUGAAAAAUGCCAAAAAGGUUGAAAUUGAAUUAAACAGAGAGAUUGACACACAAAAGGAAAACAACAAGAAACUUGAAAGUUUAACAACUGAACAAAUUGAAAAAAUUGAAAAUUUGAAGAAAUCAAAAGAACAAAUGGAAAACUAUUAUCGAGUUAUGGAAGACACACUGAAAGCUAAAAAUAUACAACUUCAAGAUUAUGAUAAAUCGCAAAAGGAGCUCCAAACACAAUACAACGGACUGAAGUCCAAAAUUGAAGGUGUUACUUCCGAACUUGAUACAACAAAAGAAGAGAAAAUGAAAUUAGAAGAACAAUUUGCAAAUUCUAAAUUAUCAGAGAAAAAACUGUGUGACAAUUUGGAAGCUCAAAAAGUGCUCAACAACACACUUGAGAAUGGUAUUAAUGAAAAAGAGAAACGUGUCACCGAAUUAACAAAGCAACUUGAAGAAGUGACUCGGCAAAAAGUAUCUUUUGAAUCACAAAACAAAGAGCUGCAAACACGACUCUAUACAGAAAAAGAAAUAACACAGAAGUUGAAUGAUGAAAACGAAAGUUUAAAGAGUGCAAAAGAAGUGACAGAAAAGGAAAAGAAUGAAUUGAUGACACAAACACAAAAAUUGGAAAAUGAAACUCAAAGACAGAAAGAACAAAUUGAAUUGUUGCAAAGAGAGCAAGUGGAUGGUGAAAAUAAGAAGAAUGAAAUUGAAGCGAUUUUGGCAUUAACAAACAAUCAGUUGGAAAACAAUGAAAAGGCACAAAAGGAUCUUCAGAAUGAAAUUGUCAAACUUAAAGAAAUUAUUCAUGUGUUGGAAUCCGAUCUUACUCAGACAAAAGACGACAAAUCAAAAAUUGAAGAACAACUUAAUUUGGUCAAAAUUGAAAGAGACAAAACGAGUGGAGAACUAUCAAAUGAGAAAGAAACGAAUGGUAAAUUGAUGAAUGAACUUAACUCGUCGAAAACAAAGAAUGAAAAGCAAGAAACAGAAAUUCAAGAACUCAACACUCAACUUAACACCCUUCAAAAAGAAAAUGAAGAAAUGAAGAAAUUGAAAGAACAAGUUGAAAUCGAAAAGAAAAAAGUUGAAGACACUUUAAGAGAAACUGUGUCGCAAUUAAAACACACCGAAGACGAACAAAGAGAGUUGCAACGCCAAUUUGAUAACUUAAAAAUGGAAAAGAACAAUUUAAAUGAGGAAUUUAAAGAAGAACAUGAUAAAGCAAAAGAACAGUUGAAACAAUCACAAUCAGAAAAUGAAAAACUUGUACAAACCAUGGAAAAAAUAAAGACCUCAGAAACCAAGUUAACAGAAGACUUGAAAAACCUUUGUGAACAGAACAAAAACACUGAAAACACGAAUCAAGAUUUGGUGUGCCAACUCAAAGCAGCAACAGAAAAAGUUGAAGAGAUGAAUAAAAAAGAGUUGGUAAAUAAUAUAAAAAUAGACGAGUUGGUAGAAGAGAACAAAAACUUGACAAAACAAAAAGAAAGUCUUGAAGAGAACAUCAAAAAACUUGAGAAAGAUAACCACACACAAUCCGACAAAAUUAUUGAUUUGAAUAAAUUGAACGAACAAAUUGAAAAUGAAAAGAAGGCGAUUGAAGGGACUUUGGUUGUUAAGAAUACACAAAUUAAAAAUAUUGAAAAGGAAAAGAAAGAACUUUUGCAGAAGAAUGAAACGAUUUGUUCACAACUGGAUAAGACACAACAAGAGAAAAUAAAAAAUGAGGAAGAACUUAAAAACCUACAAAAAGACAAAGAGAGGGUUGAGAGCGAUUUGUUGGGUGAAAGAGAUAACACAACAAAAUUAAAUGAAGAAUUGGACAAGACAAAAAGAGAGAAGGAAAAUGUAAAAAAUGAACUCAAUGCAAUGAAAGAGGAAAGAGAUGGCAUUGAACAUAAAAUGGACGAAAUGAUGGUUAAAAAUGAAAUAACAAAUUCACAACUUUUGGAAGAACAAAACAAAAAUUCUGAAUUGACGAAAACACUGGAGGAAACACAAAACGCGAUGAGAGAAAAAGAGAAGAGGAGUAACGAGGAAAUUGCAAAGAAGAAUGAAAACAACGAACAAUUGCAAAAGGAGUGUAACUUAUUGAAUGAAAAAGUUGUGGUAAUGAAUCAAAACAAUGAAAUGAUAAUGAAAGAAAAGAAGGAUGUAGAAAACACACUUGAAAAUGUUGAGAAAGAUAAAAGUGAAUUAGAAAGACAAUUGGAAGAAAUUAAAAGUAUAAACGAAGGGUUUGUUAAGAACAUCCAAAACUUGGAACAAACAAAUACAAAUGUGAACGAUGAGUUGGAAAAAACCAAAAACGAGACCAAAGGAAUUGCAGAAGAAUUGUCGAAAGCAAAUGCAGAAUUAAUUCAAACAAAAGAAGAACUGAACAAAACAAAACAUGAAAUUGGCGAGAUGAAAGAAUUGGUGGAAAAAAGUGAACAGAAUAAUCGAAGUGUCAUAUCGGGUCUCAACAAAAAGACUGAAACACUUGAAAAUGAGUUGAAAGAAAAGAAAGAAGAAAUUGUUGUUUGUACAAAGGAUAUUCAAGAAAAGGAAAAACAUUUGAAAGAACUUAAAGAGAAAUUAGAAGAAGAUGAGAAAGCAAAGAAAGAGAGAGACGAAAGAAUAAUUAAAAUAGAAGAAGAGAACAAAAAUAAGAAUGAUGAAAUUGAGAAGAUGACAAAUGAAUUGAACAGUGUCAAUCAAGAAAAGGAAAAACUUGGUGCAGAAUGUGAUUGUAUGAAAAAAACGAUGGCUGAACUUGAAGAAAUUGCAAAAUUGAACGAAAAUGAAAUCAAAGAACACAAAGAAAUGAUCAUCACACUCAACACCAAAAUAGCUGAAAAUGAGAAACAAAUUGAUGAAUAUCAACACAACGAACAAAUCAACAACACCAAAAUAGAUGAAUUGAACAAACUUAACAAUGAACUGAAAAAUGAACUUGAUGAACAGAAUAUCCAAACAAAUACAAAAGAAGAUGAACUGAACAAUGAAAUAAACAAACUCAAAUUAAAACUCGACGAAUCUGAAAAGAUAAGUACAUUAGAAAAGGAACAACUCAUUAAAUCAAACGAAGAACAAAAGAAAAACAACGCAAUUCAAGUCGAUGAACUCAUAAAAGCCAAAAACCAAAUCGAAGAUGAAUUUAAGAAGUUGUCUGACACGAUCAAAAGGUACAAAGAGAAUGUCGAAGAGUUUGGUGUUUUAGAAGAAGAAGAGAGGCGGGAGUUGUUUACUUCUCUUGCGCUUGCUUUCAAGUUUUUGUUAAGUCAACAGCAGUGCAAUACCAUCAAUGUCACGGAGUUAUAUGACGAGAUCUUACAACAAAAAGUACCAUUGAAAGGAUGGAACACAUGGCUACAUAAGAGAAUAACACUUCGGAAUUAA